AUGCUCGGUGACAAGACGGAGCCCAAACGACUGACGGCGGGCUCGAGCCCGCCUGUCUACGAGUGCCAAGCAUCCACUGAUCAUCACAAAAGUGUACCAGAACCUCACAUGAGUGACACCACGGACCUUAGGUGAGUGACAGUGUCUGGGUGUGCUCAUGUGGGAUAUAGGUGCUGGCCAACUGCGGUCUGUUUAUUCUCCUCCCUUUUUGAGUUAAUCAUAAACCAAGCCCCGGCGCGGGGGAGAAGUGCGUGCGAUUGAUGCUUCGCAAGUGUGAUAUCACAAAAACAAAUUAAAGCCUGGUUUCUGGUCUCGCCCCUCUGUGGACCACACGGUGUGUUCCGUGGGCACAGUAAAAUCGCCAGGUCCUGGUGAAGACAGUUGUAAUGACAUAGUGUAUCCCGCGGUGUUCCACCGCGUGUUUCAUAGUGACGCAUGUUGCCUUAUAUGUCCACUCGGUAAGCAAAUGUGUGCGCGUAUUGAGGGCAGAUGAAAAGAUGACGUUUAAUAUAUGCUUGUGCUUCAGACACCGGCUUGCCAGGCUCUGUGUGAUACAUUCACAAGUGAACCGUCAGGCCGAUAAGUGGGGUGAAUGUGCGGUUUCCAUAUAGGGAGGAUAGCUCGGCAGAUUUAAAGUCCGUUUCGGUCUGAGAGUCAGGCUGCAAUGGCUCCUUUUUAAUGUGGCCUUUAUGGCACUCUCACCACAGUUUGGGAUCCGAGCCAGGCGUUGGCGGCACGCCCAGGUGCGGCUUCGGCCGUGCCAGCCUCCAAAUCUCUCUUGUGUUGGUUGAAAUCCUGGUUAUUUGUUGUGUGGACCAGGGGUUGUGGUGGAACGCCAAGGUGAGGAUCCGUCCGAGCCAUCCACCUGCGGCCUCUCUCGUCUCCGGUCUUCUAGACUCUGUCUUGACACCGGGCUCGGGCGAGGGAGGAGGAGAAAGUGUAGGUAAAGGCUACGCAAGUCUACCGGCACUAUAAACCCCUGCGUAAGUCACCGGCCCUGCUCCCAUUGCAUCGAAAACGAUGGUCGAACUGUCAGUUGGUGGUGGUGGUGGUGGUGGUGGUGGUGGUGGUGGUGGUGGUGGUGGUGGUGGUGGUGGUGGUGGUGGUGUUAAUGAGGAUGAUAGCGCUGGGCGCGCUGAAUGA